UCAGGAUGAAGUAGCUUCCGGGCGACAGGGUACCAGCAGUAAACAUGGCGGAGGAACUGCUGGAAACAGUGGAUAGACUUCAGUCUCGGCUCCGGGAGAAUCCGGAGCCUCGAAAGCUUUUGAAGACUUUAAGGAGGCUGGGGGAACUCCCUAUGACUGUGGACAUACUGGUGGAAACUGGAGUUGGGAAGAUUGUGAAUUCUUUUAGGAAACAUGAAGAAGCUGGAGAGGUGGCCAAAAGCCUCGUAGCCAAAUGGAAGAAACUGGUUCCUCAGUCGGCUGAGAGACCCCCCAACAGCCACGUCAAAGAGGCUUCGCGGUCACACACACACUCUCGAGGCCCAGAAGCAGGUGUUGGAGACCGCAGACGCACCCGGGAGCCCUCCCCUGAGGAAGAGCCCUCCUACAUAGAGGAGGAGGAGGAGGAGGAGGAGGAGGAGAGAGGCUAUCACACGAACUACUCGCCCUCACCUCCUCGACACGAGCAGUACAGCCCUCCACAGCGAGGAGGCUACCAGUCGGACGAGUACGAGAGCCCCGAGCCUGAGCCCGAGCCCGAGCUCGAGCCCGAACCUGAGCUCGAGCCUGAGCCUGAGCCCGAGCCUAGUCCCCCUCCUCUUCGCAAAGAGGUCCGCCACAUCAAACCAAACAAAGAACCCAACAAAAACCAUCACCACGGUUCCCACAGCGACAGAAACAGGGACAGGGACGAGGAACGGCGGCAGCGCCAUGCACAGAUGAGCAGCGAUCGGGGAAGAGGAGGAGAGGGCGGUGAAGGAAAGAAACGCAGUGCAGACAAAGAGAGACAGCAGAGUCCGGUACAAAAGUCCACAAAGCACAGCAGGAAGUCCACCACACAUGAGAGUAAGAGGGAGGAGAAGAAGAAAGGAGGAGAUGACGGGCGACCGCGGGUGCUGAAGGACUCUCCAUCCAAGGAGGAAGAAGAAGACUUCGAGACUCCCACCAUGUCCUUUGAGUCUUUCCUCACAUAUGACGCCCCAAUACCCGUCAAGAAGAAGAAGAAGACUACGUCGUCAUCGUCAUCCUCGUCACACAGUCGGCCGUCUCACUCUUCGUCCUCUGUGUCGUCCUCCCGCCAUGCACGCACCCCUCCGCCUGUGUCCUCCUCAUCCUCCUCUUCCUCCAAAGUGAGCAAAGCUAACGGCGCUCAGAGCAGCAAGAGGCCACAUUCAGGCUCCGGUUCAGCUGCAGCGACACCGGAAAAACGCAAGAGGGUGGUUGAGGCAAUUCUUCCGGAAAUCCCUCUGCCAGCGAUUCAACCCAAUUACAGACCUCUGCCCUCCAUCCACGACGUCACGCCGCUGUCCCCUCAGAGACGGAAAGUUCCUGUCAGCAACGACGAGGAGGAUACCGGGUUCACAGGGAAGCGAUUCAACUCUAAGAUGGUGGUCUACUCAGGAUCAAAGACCGCUUACUUGCCCAGGAUGAUGACUUUGUACGAGCAGUGCAUCCGUGUGCUGCAGAACAAUAUUGACUCCAUCGCCGAGGUGGGAGGAGUGCCGUUUGAGAUCCUGGAACCGGUGCUGGAGCGAUGUACGCCAGAGCAGCUGUACCGCAUCGAGCAGAGCAACCAGUGGUUUACGGAGGAAUCUGACGAGCUGUGGAUGCGUCACUGUCAGCGGGACUUUAAGCGGGAGACGCCUCAGGAGUACGAGUCGUGGAGGGAGAUGUAUCUGAGGCUGCACGACGAGCGCGAGGAGCGUCUGAGGCUGCUCACCCAGAACAUUUCCUCCGCACACGCCAACAAGCCAAAAGGUCGGCAGGUUAAGAUGGCGUUUGUGAAUUCUGUCGCCAAGCCGCCGCGUGACGUCCGCCGCCGUCAGGAGAAGUUCGGUACCAUUAGUGGUUCGUCCAUGGCCUCCACCGCGGCUGCAGCUCCCAUCAAAAUAAGACCAGCUACCACAGACUACUCUGGUAGUUCCUCUUCCUCCCAGCUUAACCCUUCUCCCAGCUCGUCUCGCUCCUUGGCACCAGGAGGAGGAGGAGGAGCAGGAGGAGGAGGAGGAGGAGGAGGAGUAGGAGUUGGAGGACACGCUGCCCGGGACAAGCCACAGGUCAAAAAAAUCGCCCCGAUGAUGGCCAAAACUAUCAAAGCUUUCAAGAACAGAUUCACCCGCCGAUAGUGUGAAAGAGACUGAAUGUAUUUUAUGAAUUCCAGCUGUGUUUUUAAUUUAAGUUUAGCAAAAAAAAAACUUACUGGAGACCCCGUCAUCCCUAAACACACACACACACACACACACACACACACACACACACACACACAUAUCAUAUGAACUUUUCAGUAUUGGUGGAAAAAUGGUUGAUUUAUUUCUUUUCUUUUUUUUUUUAUUUAAGUGGUGGCAUCUGUUUUGGGGGUCUUUGAGUAUGUAAAUGACGGUCAGUGAGUGUGACAUCUGUGUUAACAAAAUUAAGUCUGCAACUUUUUUACAAGAUACAAAGGACACACACACACACACACACACACACACACACACACACACACACACACACACACACACAGUCUGUUACUUUUUCUCGUCUUCUAGCAGACAUUUUUUACAAGGAAUAGCUCGGCCUUUUGGGAAAUACGCUGAUUUGCAUUCUUGCUGAGCGGUCGGUAACAAGAUUGGUAACCACUCUCGAAUCUGUGCGGCAAACAUGAAGCUAAAGGCAGCAGCCUGGUUAGCUUAGCAUAAAGACCGGAAACGAGGGGGGAAACAGCUCUGGCUCAAAAACCCACCCUCUGAUUAAAAGGCCACAUUUUUGGGGUUUUAUGGACAAAAAAACAGGUCAAACUGAGUGAGGAUACCCGGAGGUUACUAGUCCCAACCAAGAAAUAGACAUAACCAUAAAAACACAGAAUCUCCAUGUUUGUUGUUGUUUUGUUUGUAGAUAUUGAACAGAAAUGAACGAGCGAGCUUUAGAGGUGUCAGGUUGUACCAGGCUAGCCGUUUCCCCCCGUUUCCAGUCUUUGUGCUAAGCUAAGCUAAAGUAACCGGCUGCUGGCUGUAUUUAACAUGCAGACUUGUGAGUGGUAUUGAUCUGAUCUGAUUGUUAUUUCCUAUUAUAUCAAACUUUAUUACGGGACUUAAUGGGACAUAAACUCUCCCCCCCCCCCCAACAAUUCUUUACAUUUAAAGAACAGUUACUUUUCAUUGCGAUCAAAUGAUACACUACAUGAGGAAAACCUUCACACACUCUUUGUUUUUAAUGGCAUGCACGGUGCACGUCAGCCGCCAUCAGCUGGCUGGAUAAAGGCUUUUAAAACAAACAAACACACAUAUUUAAACCUGUUUUAAAGAUAUCAUUGAACUACCCACACACACACACACACACACAGAGAGAGAGAGAGAGAGAGAGAGAGACGCAUUGUAGACUUACUUUAACCCUCCUGUGGCUUCAGAUCAUGUUUUCCUGCUGUUGAAUGUGUGUGUCCCUGUUUAUAUCUGCUUCACUGUGACAAACAGCUUGAGCGAGGGCUGAAAGAGACCGCAGGAGGACGAGAACAACGAGGAACAAUAACAAAAAAAAAAAAAAGGAAGAAGGUUGAUAGGACGUCUGCGGCUUCAGUCUACAACAAUGAUGAGAUGUAUUUAUUUUCAACACUGGGACCUGGCACCCCACGACAUGGGCCUGAAAGGAAGUAGAUUUAAACUGUAAUUUUAUUAGAUUUUAAUAAAUGUUAUAUGGUCAUUUUUAUUAAAAUUGACUUUUUGCCCUCAA